AUGGGUGCAGAAACAAUUGACCUCAAGGAUAUACAUGAUUUUCUGAUAGAACUAGCUUCCAAGGCUGGAGAAAUCAUUACCAAUGCCUUGCCGAACACAGGAACUACAGGGUCAAAGAAGAACACCGCAGAUCUCGUCACUGAAUAUGAUCGUGCGGUUGAGAAAAUGAUAUCUACAGCGUUAGCAGGGAGAUAUCCGCAGUACCAAUUUCAUGGCGAGGAGACAUAUGACCCUGCAAGUCCACUAACUGAUGCCCCCACAUUCGUCGUCGAUCCCAUCGACGGUACAGUCAAUUUUGUGCACGGAUUCCCAUAUGCAUGCAUCUCUCUCGGCUUUGCGAUCGACAGGAAACCGGUCGUUGGUGUUGUUUACAAUCCAUUCAGCAAUACCCUCUACUCCGCCAUUCGUGGAGAAGGGGCGUAUUUAAAUCGCAACACUAAACUUCCGCUCGACGCUAGGAGCCUUGAGCCAUUGAAUGGCCUAGAGAACGCUCUCAUCGGCGUUGAGUGGGGUUCGGAGAGAGCAGGCAAGAAUUGGGCGACGAAGGUACGGACAUUUGAAAAUCUCGGUAAAACCAAGGAUGAUGGUGGUGCAAUGGUACGCUCAAUGCGCAGCAUGGGCUCAGCUGCAUUAAACCUUUGCGCCGUCGCAUGUGGGAAUCUCGAUUUGUAUUGGGAAGGUGGUUGCUGGGCCUGGGAUGUUUGCGCUGGCUGGGUCAUUCUGACAGAAGCUGGCGGUAUAAUCGUGGACGGCAACCCUGGCAACUGGGAAGCCAGCGUUGAUGGGCGAAAGUAUCUCGCAGUCCGAGGAUCGCCAAAUCAAGCAGGACAGAAGGAGCUCAUCGAGGAGUUUUGGGGGCAUAUACAAGGCCAUCUCGAGUAUUGA